UUUCGAUCAUGGCUGCCGUAGACGUGGAAGAUGAGAGUAUCCUGGCGUCAAUCUUCAAAGACAGCUUUCCAGAGAACUGGAGGGAGAAUCCAGACUUCGCGGCGUAUUUGUCGGAGUUGAGCUCGUACGGCGUGGAGACAUUAAACCGCGAACCCGAGCGUCUUUCUGAGGAGAGAGCUCAGAUUCUCCAGCAGACCCGUGAACUGGCCUUCAGAAACUACAAGACCUUCAUCAGGACCGCAGACUGCACACAGCAGAUCUACGCUGACUUCAGCAAAGUGGAGAACAGCGUCUCGAAACUAUUGAACAAACUACCCAGCUUUGGAGAGAAAUGCAGGGGUUUCAUGAAAGCAGCGGAGGAGAUCAGCGUUAGCAGACGCAUGAACAGUCUCACACUGAAUCGACACACUGAGAUUCUGGAGAUCCUGGAGAUCCCUCAGCUGAUGGACACGUGCGUUCGGAACGGAUAUUAUGAAGAGGCUCUGGAGCUGGCAGCUUACGUCAAGAGACUGGAGAAGAAACACUCAUCACUGCCUGUCAUUCAGGGAAUCGUGCAAGAGGUUCGACUCUCUGCUCAACUUAUGCUGAACCAACUCCUCCAGCAACUGCGCAGCAAUUCGCAGCUCCCAGUGUGUCUGCGUGUGAUUGGCUAUCUGCGCAGAAUGGAUGUCUUCACCGAAGCCGAGCUGCGUGUCAAGUUCCUUCAAGCCCGCGGGAGCUGGCUGCGUUCCAUCCUCGCCGCCAUCCCAGACGACGACCCUUAUUUCCACAUCACCAAGACCAUCGAAACCUGCCGCGUGCAUCUCUUUGACAUCAUCACCCAGUAUCGCGCCAUCUUCUCCGACGAGGAUCCGUUGACCACGCCCGGAGGUCAGAUGUUGAACGAGAGCGCCAUCUUUCACGGCUGGGUGGUCCAACAGGCGGCGCAGUUCUUGGAGACUUUAGACCGAGAUCUCCAGCGUGGGGUGGGCAGUCGCUUGGACUCUCUUCUCGGUCAGUGCAUGUAUUUUGGCCUUUCCUUUAGCCGGGUGGGGGCGGAUUUCCGCGGCCAGCUCGCUCCCAUAUUUCAGCAGGUUGCCAUGGAUACGUUCCGCAAAGCUAUUCAGGAGGCUCUGGACAGGUUCCAAGAGGAUAUGAACUUGUACACUCUGAUUUCUUUCCCUUCAAUACUUGGAAGCGCUAUUCCACCGGUGGCUCCGAGCACCCAGCCGGGCACACUGCAGCCCCCCAUGGCCCUGCUGGACUUCCCACCGCUGGCCUGCUUCCUCAAUAACGUCCUCACGGCCUUUAAUGACUUAAGACUGUGCUGUCCUAUUGGACUCGCACAGGAAGUUAGCAGAUGUGUUGAGGAAGCCCUUAUCAAGGUGACCAAGCUGAUCCUGGUUUUCCACAGAGCCGAGGAAUCAGCCUUCAGCAGUCGAGAGCGAGAGUUAUUUGUACAGUUCUGUAGUACCUUUGCUGAAGAUAUGGUGCCUUUCCUGAACCGAUGUCUACAGGUUCUCUUUCCUCCCGCUCAGCUCGCGCUUACACUAGGUGUCCCUCCAGCGCAGGUUUAUAAGUACGGCAGUAUCGGCUGCAUCAAUGUGAACGCGGUUCUGGAACCACUGGAGUUUGUUCUGCCAGAGAAGGAGCCCGUGACAUCUGUUUUGGAUCUCUGCACUGACUUAAACAGCCUGUCUAAUCUUCCAUCAGUCAAACCUGAAGAAAGGUUUACAGAAGAGCCUGUUCCUUCUGAACAACAGAAGCAUGCAGAAGAGCCUGCAUUAACGCCAGAUGCUCAUCUUUCUCAAAAAGAGGACAUUUCAGUAGAAGAAUCUGACACUACUUUACAUGCUCAAGACUUUACGGAGGAUUUAUCCACAAAAGACAUAAAUGUUGAGGAAUAAAAAUAUGACGUGUUUUUAUUUGUGUUUCUUAAAUGUAUCUCUGGUUCUUGUGCAGUUUUGAUAAUAAUAACAACCAUCUAGACAAGCUUAACCCAGAGCUUUUUUUUAUCUUUAUCCGCCAAUUUAUUUGGUGAAGAUGAAAGCUACGUAAUUGAAUAUGAUUAUUAUUUAACUUGUGGAAAAAUAUAAAUUGAAUCAUGGGGUGCAUGCAUGUUUUCUGUGGGUCACUGAAAUAACCCCAAUAAGUGUUUGGGCACUGAAGCCACCUUUACUAUACAGAUGUCAAUGCAUUAGAUACAGUAAGAACAGAUAAAGGUAUAUAUUUUGCAAAUCCAUGGCACAGCAUACUUCUAAGCAAAACUACUUUUAACCAUAAAACAAUAAUAGACUGUUUAAAAAUAAUGACCAAAUGUUGACAUUCUGGUUGCCAAAUGUUAAUUCUUAAAGGGAUAGUUCACCCAAAAAUGACAAUUCUGUCAUCAUUUAGGCAAGGCAAGUUGUUUCAAACCUGUAUAAAUGUCUUUGUUUGGUUGAACACAGAGGAAUAUAUUUGAUACAAUGUUAGCAACUGAGAUGUCUGGGAAACCAUUGACUACCAUAGUUUUUUUAAAUAAUUUUUUUGUUAGAAAACAAACCAUUCUGGGGCACCUUUGACAACCGUUUUAAUAGUAGUCAAUGUUGACCCAGAAAUCUCAGUUGAGAACAUUCUUACAAAUACAUUUAUACAGGUUUGGAACAACUUGAGGUUGAGAAACUCAUGACAUUUUUGGGUGGACUAUCCCUUUAGAUAAUGUAAUGAACUAUACCUGUUUUACCUGCUCUGACUUCAGCGUUAAAAAUCAGAUGGUUAUAGGUACAUGCAAAACGUUGCACAAAAAGUAAAAUUCGUUUUGAGAAGGUCGCUACUUUGUUAUCUAACACAAUGUCAUUUGUACAUUUCUGAUUGUGGCAAUUGUCUAGGUCUACUCUGUCUGUAAUUUGACCUUUCUGCAUUGACGUUCAUGUCUGUUCUAUGCUUUUUGUUUUUUUCAUUAUCUGACUUUUGCCCGGCUGUUUUGGGAGAAGAAAUAUAACAAAGGUUUGU